AUGCCUGGGGCAGGGCACAUGGAGAACAAGUUGAUGCAGUUCUCUGGAAGUGUGGCCAGUGGGCUGAGCUGGGGUCACCAGGGCAUGCAGGAUCUCUGUGACCUCCAUCCUUCCCUCCACACUACCACUAAUCAGGCAGAGCCACCACAGUCGCCCCUGAGUGCAGAGACUCUCUCAAGCCAAGAAGUCCUUCUGCAGCAUGUCUCAGAAAAAAAGCUGCCUCAAGAAGUCAAAGUCCUAAAGACUAAACCAAAUGAUGAUGAGAUAUUGUUCAUCUAUUCCCACUACAAACAAGCAACAGUUGGAGAUGUAAAUACAGACCGCCCUGGCAGGACGGACUUCAAAGGCAAAGCAAAAUGGGAUGCUUGGAACUCUUUGAAAGGGAUAUCCAAAGAAGAUGCCAUAAAAGCUUAUAUUCAAAAAGUGGAAGAACUAAAGAAAAAAUACAGAAUAUAA